AUGUUCGGAACACUCAUCCAUCUAGGCUGUGACGCCCUCCUCGUCAGCGCAUUCCUUGCAGGCAUUCGACGUACCACAGGGUUAACGCCUAAGCUGACAGAGGUACCGAAUAAAGAUAUACGUCAAAUAUUGCGCUCAUACCUUGAGAUUGGGGAGUACAUUUUCGACUUCGCGGUCGUCCUAUGCGGGAGGUCCUCGUCGUUUGAGAGAAGAACCUGA